AUGGAUGGUGGAUCCGGAAAUAAUGGCGGAAACGACGGUAACGGUCGCAAGAAGGAUCAUGUGAAAGGCUCCAAGAAAUAUAACAAACGCCGUGCCAUGCAAAAGCAGACCGAACGUUGCCUCAAACACCAUGAAGACCUGGAUGGAUACCAGCAUGCUACUCCAACUGUUCAAUGGAAUAUGCGAGAGAAAGUUUUCCAUGCUCUCACAAACAUGACAAAGUAG